GCACCGCCCCGUGCGUGUGGAGAAGGAAGCUGCGGCGAGCCGAGCCGGGGUGGGGAGAGUGAGUGAGGGCGGAGAGCGCAGGCAGGAGAGGCAGCGCCGCACUAGCGCACUCAUAGGCCGUACGUAACAGGGAGGCCGGAGUCGGCAGCGAGGCCUAGGGAGCCUAUCCAAAAACGGUGGAAGAGUCUGAUUCAGUUGACAACAAUGCCAUUUCCAUUUGGCAAGUCACAUAAGUCUCCAGCAGACAUCGUGAAAAAUCUGAAGGAAAGCAUGGCAGUACUAGAAAAGCAGGAUAUUUCUGACAAAAAGGCAGAAAAGGCAACAGAAGAAGUGUCAAAGAACCUGGUGGCCAUGAAGGAGAUCUUAUACGGCACGAAUGAAAAAGAACCCCAGACUGAAACAGUGGCACAGCUUGCUCAGGAGCUUUAUAACAGCGGCCUCCUUAGUACUUUGAUAGCAGAUUUGCAGCUUAUUGACUUUGAGGGCAAGAAAGAUGUGGCUCAGAUUUUUAACAAUAUUCUGAGAAGGCAGAUUGGAACACGCACACCCACAGUGGAAUACAUCUGUACUCAGCAAAAUAUAUUGUUUAUGUUACUCAAAGGGUACGAAUCACCAGAAAUUGCUCUUAAUUGUGGCAUCAUGCUUCGGGAAUGUAUUCGACAUGAACCAUUAGCAAAAAUUAUACUAUGGACUGAGCCAUUUUAUGAUUUCUUCAGAUAUGUGGAAAUGUCAACAUUUGAUAUUGCUUCAGAUGCAUUUGCUACAUUCAAGGAUUUACUUACACGACACAAACUACUGAGUGCAGAAUUCUUGGAACAGUAUUAUGAUCGAUUCUUUAGCGAAUAUGAGAAGUUGCUCCAUUCAGAAAACUAUGUCACAAAAAGACAGUCACUAAAGUUACUUGGAGAACUUUUACUGGAUAGACAUAAUUUCACCAUUAUGACAAAAUAUAUCAGCAAACCAGAGAACUUGAAGUUGAUGAUGAAUCUUCUGCGUGACAAAAGCCGCAACAUUCAGUUUGAGGCCUUCCAUGUGUUUAAAGUGUUUGUGGCCAAUCCAAAUAAGACUCAGCCUAUUCUGGAUAUCUUGCUGAAAAACCAGACUAAACUCAUUGAGUUUCUCAGCAAGUUCCAGAAUGACAGGACCGAAGAUGAACAAUUCAAUGAUGAGAAGACUUACUUGGUCAAACAGAUCCGAGAUCUAAAGAGACCGGCACCCCAGGAAUCUUAAAGCAAUGUUAUGAAACAGAACUUAAGCAACUGCUGUCUAUAACUGAACAUCAAGCACCCUUAUUCGAUUCUUAAGGAUUACUGCUAAUCUGCUGUCCAGUGAACGGUUUUUGUUUUUUUUUGUUUUGAAGUCAAAGAUGAAUUUUAGCUGCUGCUUUCCUGCGCAUUAGAGCACAACAUGGACUUUCUCUGGAGUUUCUUGUCAUUGAAAUGAUACAGACGCACUGUCUUAUGGUUAAGUGUUGGUGAAGGGGAAUUUAGUUUGUUAGAAGUUAGGAAAUUAGAAUGGUUGAUAAAGGUUAACAACAGUAAAACCAAGAAUGUAUGCCUAGUUUUUAAUCCAUUAGGCAACUGUGUAAAUUUCUGAAGGAUUUGAUCUGUACUAACAGUUAAGGUCCCACGCCACAGUCAUAAGAGUUAGUGUUGGAUAUCCAUGCUGUUUAUUUUUCUUUUUGAACUUGGUGAAUUACUUGUGAUUUAAUUUAGUUGGGAACAUUUUUCUAUGAUCUGUUUUCUGAAAUCAUUUAAUAGCAUUUGCUCACAAUGAUUUAAAGUGAACUCAAACCUAUUGUGGGUUGAGGAGCGAAUUUAAUUCAUAAAUAACUUUCUGGGAUGCAAUGUAGUGUGUGAUGGCCAUAGGGCAAUCUGGCUCACAGAAUUGUGGCACAGAUAUUUUCCUGGUGCUUUCCUAGUGAAUAGUGUGUUCCACCAAGAACACUUUUAAACCAGGGAAUUUAUUGGUGAAGAAAUUGAUCCAUGAAAUACUACUACCGCCCUCCAACGCCCCCACCCUAAUGCCGCAUACACAGAUUACAGAAUGUAGUGUUUGCCAGCAGGAUUUCUUUCCAUAGUUGUAAACAAUUCAUAAUCCUGGCAAAGAACUGUAGAUCUGAAAAGUAUUCCUCCCUUCCAACCCCAUUCCAGCCCAUCCUGGGAUGUGAUUGUCUCCCUGAAUGUAUUCAACUUUUAAGGAGAAUUAAUUUGUUGGAUAAGAGUUGUUCUUACAGGGAGAAUAAUGUACAUACACAUUUCAUUAGUUUAUAGAUUUUUGCAGGCAAUUUGAUUUUCAAAAAUUGACAAUAGAUGCAUUCAAACAUGUUUUAGCCAUGUUAAUUUUAAUUAGAACUAUUUUCUGUUUCGGAGUUAGCAUUGCAACUCUGCACUUCAUUGGAGGGAUUUGCCAGUUCCUUGUACAUAACUCGUAGACUGCUCAGUUCUAAAAAUAAUUUUGUACAGUGGAGGAAUGUUAUUGUAUUAGUCUAACUAUUUACUUAAUAUUGAGUUUUGCAUAUGAAUGCUGGUAUGUAAUUUGAAUAUUUCUGCUGAUCCCAUGAAAUUGCUGAUUUAAUAUUUGUAGUAGAACAGCACUCAAAAAAAAAAUUUCCAUACUUAAGCUAUCUGCUAAAGAGCUGCCGUGAUCAGGAUAAGCUAUCGUAUAAACUGGAUGCAACCACACUUCACCCACACCUUGCAAAAAAAUAAAACUGGAUUUAUCUUCACUAGCAGUGAACCCUACAUAUCCAGAUACUGAAAUUGGGACCUUAUUUAAAAUUGGCUAAAUAAUCCUGCAGAAAAGUUCUUUGCUUGUUUGUCCUUAAUAAAAGCUCACCAAAUAAGGUUGUAAAAUCAAAUUUUUCUUUCCAUACCAGUUUUAAACUCUCAGCCCUUGUAUUGAAAUGUGUGUUGGCUUUUAGAUUCCAGGGCAACAGGUUUUCCACUUUUAUAAGCUUGGAAGUUGAAGAAGAUACCUGAAAGAAGUUGGUGCGAUUUUACAAACAUCCUUGCUACAAUGUUUUCUGUUGGGAUGUACUGAAAUGGAUAUUUAAUGAAUGUUGCAUACCUAAUCUAAAGCCAAUAUAAACUGAUCAUGCCAAAAACUAGUUUUAAAACGUUUCCAAAACUACCAUGAAUUUGUCUAUUCUUUUCCACCUCAUGACAAUUUCAUGAUAGACCGAGUGAUCAUGUACUACUGAUACUAGAAAUAUUGUAUUUGAAGUCACUAAUGUGAAUUUAGCCAUAACACAAUUAGUCAAUAUUUUAAAUUCCUGUGGAGUUACUGGCAGAACUAGAUUAUUUGAUUGUCCAUUUAAUACUUACACUUUUGAUACUUCAAUUUCAAGAUGGAUAUAAUGCAUGUUUUGUCAGUGGUUGGGAGGAGUUAAUUUACGCCUUGCCUGAAACUUGGUUGUAAUAUUGAUUAUAGUUUACUCCUGGACACUUAAGAUUGCUUUCAGUGUUGCGUAUACACCUCAAUUCACAGGUACAGACUUUUUAAAGUUAUGUGUACAGCCAUCAAUCAACGUAUUUGGAAACUUUUUAUGUUAAUAGAAAUAUCCAUAGGGAUUAUUUGUUAUUUGAUGGCUGCAUAUAAUAACUCAAUGGAAAGCAUUUACUUUACUAGCUAUUUUGCAAGUCUGUCAUUGUUAAGAAUUGGAAGCCAGGCAUUAAUGAGUAAUAACUUGCUGUGCAGUCCAUAUCACAAUUGGGUUGUAAAUGAAAGCAUGAAUUCACUUUAGAAUGAUGCUAAAUAUAUGCACACUUAAGAUAGCAUGAGUCUGGUUAAAGCAUUCAUAAGCCGAUGCAGGUUAGCCAUAUGUAUAUUGGAAUAAUGCUGAAAUUAUCAAUUAUAUCAAGCUGUUGCGCUGGAAUCUUCAAGUAUUUGUGAAACUUUACCCUCCAAAGAUAUUUCUGCAGGAUGUGAGCACAAUUUUUGAACAAUUAGAACUGAUUUACAAUAGUAAAUCUUUCUAAACAUGUCCUGUCUCAUUAGAAACCAUUGUUUAACAUCAAAACAUCACGCCCUAAGGAUACAAAUAAAUUUUGAUUAAACACGCAAUGUUUCAGUGUUUUGAUUUUACACCUUUACAGCAGAUUUGUUUGUGGAAAAUGUAAUUGUCAUGUGCAAAGUAUAAUUUUGAAUGUUGAAACUGGUAUUCAACAGUUUUGCAUAUCUAAUAUUUCUCUCAAUUUUGUGCCUCUUGCAAACAGUCAAUUUCCUUCAGCUGAAUAAAGAUUGCCUCCCUUCUUUGGUCAAUUGCUUUGGCUCAACAUAGUGAGGAUAGUGAGGAAGGCACUUAGCAUGUGACCUUCAUUCUGGACCUGGAGGUUAGGAGUAAGGACACUUUCUUGCAGUUACACAAGUUAUCAAUGAGGCUGCACUGAAGUAUUGCGUACAAUUUUGGUCCUUCCUGUUAUGGGAAACACAUUAUCAAGGUGGAGAGGGUACAAGAGAGAUUUAUGAGGAUGCUUCCUGGUCUAGAGAGUCUGUGUUUUUAUAGUGAGAGGCUGGGCACACUGGAUCUUUAUUCCCUGGAGUGCAGGUGAAUGAGUAUCCUGAGAGUUAUCAGUUAGGAGAAUGGUCCAUAGUCUUUUCCACAAGACUCUUACUACAUAGAGGGUAGUGAGUAACUGGAAUGAUGAAACAGUUGUGACAGGUACAAUUGCAAUAUUUAAUAGACUUUUGGAUAGAUAGUACAUGGAGUGGAAAUGCUUGGAAGGUAAUGGGCUGAACACAGGCUAUCCAGGUUAAACACCAUCUGCCAGUUGUUCCACCCAUUUUCAACUGGUCUAUACCCUCCUGAAUCUUUUGAUAACCUGCCUCCCAUCUGCAAUUUCACCAAUUUUCAUAUCACUUGCAAAUUCUAAUGUAAACCCCUGCACUUUAUCCCCAUAAAUAUCCUUUGCACACCCUCUCAGGAUAUCACAUCCUUCCUGAGAUGCAGUGGCCACAUUACUACUUCUCCAGAACAUUUGUUUUCUGUUGGCCAGGGGAGGACUUGUUGUCGGACCAUUAAAAUACCUCUGUUAAAAAUCUUUUUAGCUUAAUAUGGUUCUUAUUUUCAUUGUAUAAUUCAACUGUCCUCAUAAUAUAUAGUAAAUAUAUGUUGACUUUAUUUUCUUUUGGUCUUAUGUUUUUAUUUUGUUCUUGGAUUUGUAUUCUUUCCAUCUUGUUUAAUUACUUCAUCCUGCAUAACUGCAAUUCCAUUUGCGAGUUUGCAAAUCCAUUUAUUAUUGAGAGAUCCUUGUAUCAAAAUAAUGUUAACUAUUCAAGGACUUGCUUUAUCGUAAACUAAAAUGAUGUUGACAUUGGUCAUUUACUUUACUCCACAA